AUGAGGAAAUGGAAGCAUCCGGGUGCUGCCACGGAUGGUGGUCGGAAUAGUACCGCACAGCAACCAAUCAACAGCGUACUGCACAGCAAGCAACCGAACGUGGUGACCGGUGGCGCCACCUGGCGCAAUGCGGCCACACUGCUAGCCAUCGCCAUUACGAUCAACCUCACCUGUACCGGAGUCACCAGUCAAGUUUGCGGUCCCCCGGCAGUGCCAGCGAAUGCCAAGGUACACACAGAAAAGGCAAGCGAUGGAAGUGGAGGGCUGAAGUCGGCCCGGUAUGAUUGCGAUGCCGGCUACGAACUGUUCGGCGCGGAUACAAUCCGCUGCGAUCCGGCGAAAGGAUGGGACCGUGAGCUGCCAUUUUGCGGAACGAAUGUAGCGUACCGCAAACCGGUGAAUCAAUCGUCUGCGACCCGGUCGGGUCCGGCAGGGUUCGCCAACGAUGGCAAACCGGGCAACCAGAACCCGGAUGGCCAAGAGUGCUCGGAAACGCAGAAGGAGGUAUCGCCGUGGUGGCGGGUGGAUCUGCUCACGCCGGAGGCAGUGCGCGUGGUGCGCAUUACGACGCGCGGCUGCUGCGGGCACCAACCCCUGCAGGAUCUGGAGAUACGCGUCGGCAACAGUAGCAGCGACCUGCAGCGGAAUCCGCUCUGCGCCUGGUAUCCGGGCACGGUGGACGAGGGUACGACAAAGUCGUUCACCUGCGCCCGACCGCUGGUCGGGCAGUACGUGACGGUGCAGCUGGUGGGCGUCGAGAGCAGCCUCAGCCUGUGCGAGGUGGAGGUGUUCUCCAACGACGAGUUCUCGUCGGACCGUUGCGCUUCGCCGAACUUGAGCGUCGAAACCGUGCUGACAACGUUUGCCAAGACCUGCUACGAGUUUCACAUAACGCGGGGCGAAAGCUUUGAGAAGGCCCGGGCGGUCUGCAAAUCGCACGGUGGCGAUCUGAUUCACGACUUCCGCGGCGUUACCACCGACUACAUCAUCUCGGAGCUGGAGCGCCGCAAGAGCGAUCUUCGAACGCAGCUCGUGUGGAUCGGGGCACAAAAAGAACCAGGCAUUACGUCACGCACCUGGAAGUGGGUUAAUGGCGAUACGGUGCUGAAGCCAACGUGGGGCAAGGAUCAGCCGAACAACUACAACGGCGAGCAGAACUGCGUUGUGCUCGAUGGUGGUCGCAGCUGGCAGUGGAAUGAUGUGGGCUGCAAUCUCGACUACCUCAACUACAUCUGCCAGCAUAAUCCGCUGUCGUGCGGUUCGCCAGAAGCGCUGGUCAACACGACGAUCGUCGGCAGAAACUAUUCCGUCGGCGCCAACAUCACGUACCAGUGCCCGGUCGGCCAUUCGUUGAUUGGGGUCGAAAGGCGAACCUGCCAGCAAAACGGCAUCUGGAGUGGUGUACCACCAGCAUGUAAAUAUGUCGAUUGUGGUCCACUGCCAGAGAUCGAGCACGGAGGCAUCAUUCUAUCGGAGCAGCGUACCAGCUUCGGUGUACAAGCGUCCUACACCUGCCAUGAGAACUAUACAUUAAUCGGUAACGAAAACCGUACCUGUCAGACGAACGGUUGGUCCGGCACACAGCCGAAAUGUCUGAUUGAUUGGUGUCCAGAACCGCCACCGAUUCAGGGUGGCAAGAUCAAGGUGUCGGGACGUCGUGCCGGUUCCACUGCCUUGUACACCUGCGAUUAUGGCUUCGUGUUGAUCGGCGAACCCGUGCUGUCGUGCGGGCUCGGGGGCAACUGGACCGGAAAGAUACCCGUUUGCCGCUACGUGGAUUGCGGUAUGCCGGCGCGACCGGAUCGUGGCAAUAUGCUUUUGCUGAACGAUUCCACCACCGUUGGUUCCGUGGUGCGUUACUUCUGCGACGAUGAUUACUGGCUGGUUGGACCGCAGGAGUUGUACUGCACGAAGGAUGGCAAAUGGUCGGGCAGUGCACCGGCGUGCGAGUUGAUCACUUGUGAGACGCCACACGUACCACCCGGUUCGUAUGUGAUCGGGUACGACUACAACAUCCAUUCUUCGAUCCAGUAUCAUUGCGAUCCGGGGCAUAUUCUGCGGGGUGACGAUACGCUGACCUGUCUAGAGUCAGGCCAGUGGAGCGGAGAUGCACCCGACUGUGAAUAUGUCGACUGUGGGCCACUGACACCGAUACCGUUCGGGUCGCAUCGUUACCUGCAGAACACGACGUUCCUUGGUUCGGAAGUGGUCUACUCCUGUGCGAACUCGCACCGGCUAGCGGGUGUGAAUCGACGAAUUUGCCUGAAUACGGGCCUUUGGAGCGAGACGGCUCCACGCUGUGAGGAGAUACGGUGUACGGAGCCGACGCUAACGCCCCACAGCUUCGUCAGCGUUACCGGAAAUGAUCGCAUGUACGGACGAACGCUAAUUCGCACCUCGGACGCGACGGUGAACGGUGCCCAAACGUUCCGGGUCGGUGCGCUAGCGAAGUAUCGUUGCGAGCGUGGCUACAAGAUUGUCGGUGAGGCACUGAUCACGUGCGAGGAAAAUGGGCUGUGGAGUGGCGAGAUACCAGAGUGUGUUUAUGUUGACUGUGAAACACCACCAAAUGUUACUAGCGGAAAGGUUACGUUGGCAACGAAUGCGACGUAUUACGGUGCGGCGGCACUGUACGAGUGUGAAGGUAACUUUAAGCUGGAUGGUGUUUCGAGACGUCUGUGCCUGGAAGACGGUACGUGGAGCCAUGAGACGCCCCAGUGCGUGGAGAUCACCUGUAACGAAAUGAACAUUUCCGACGCACUGCUCGUGAACUACGGCAGUCGUAAGGUUGGUGUGCAGGCGGAGUUCAGCUGCAGCAAGGGACGAUACAUGGUCGGGAACGGUACCCGUAGCUGUCUGCCAACGGGCCAAUGGUCCGGAAGGAAUCCUGUGUGCAAGUUAAUUGACUGUGGCCGCCCCGCGGAUAUUGAAAACGGGCGCGUGAUCGUGGUGAACGAAUCGACGGUAUAUGGUGGCUCAGCGGAGUAUCACUGUGUGCCGCACUACAAUCGUAUCGGUCCCUACUUGCGCAAAUGUAUGGACGAUGGCAAGUGGAGCGGUGAAGAGCCACGGUGCGAACUGAUUGUAAACGAUGCACAGGAGACGAACAGUCUCGGUACGGGCAUUGCCAUCGGUGCCGCCAUCAUUGUCAUCCUGCUGAUCCUAAUCGGCGUUCUGUUUCUGCACCGCAAUAAGGCACGGCCGGUUAAGAAUACCGAGAACGUGCAGGCGGCCGAACACAAGGAGGACCAGAAUGCAGCCGUCAUGUCCUACUCCAGCCUAGAAAAUGGUCGACAUAAUUUCGAUCUCACCAACCGGGGCGGGCUAGUCACGUUCAACACGUUCCACCAGUCCGGGGCGGGUCAUCCGCCACCACCCAGUCAGCUGACGCACAGCAACCAUAACAAUAAUCAUCUUAGCAAUAGCAACAACAACACCAGCUCGCGCAGCGGUAGCGAAAACAUCUACGACCAAAUACCGAGCGAACAGUUUUACGAUGCACCGUACGAGAUGCGUACGAACGAGGAGGUGUAUGAACCGGAACCGACCAGCCGUGGCAACAUCAUUACCAUCAAUGGUGUCAGUGUGCGGUGA